CUAGAGAGCAAGUAUCCCAUCAGCCAGGUCUGUACUCAGUCAGCUAAAUCAUUAGGCAGACAAAAAGAAGGAGUGGACCGUGCAUAUCCCCUGCAACCAAUUUCUCACCACCAGAGGGCAAGAACUCCACUGCUCAAGACUGGAAGUUCCCCAAACGUGCAGGAAGCUCCAAAUACUAGAUCAAGCUCAUUAAGCAAAGGGAUGGUUCCAGCAAGGAUGUCUCAGUUAGCUGCAGUGCUCUGCCAUUGGACAGGGGAGCCUGAACCAUCCGCUCCCUAUCUGUACAGGAGAGAGCCAGCCCACAUCCUAAAGCUGGAGGCAGAUGGAAGGAACCUAGAAAAGGCAAUUCAAAAGAAAAAGGCCCUUCUUGGAGAGAAGCUAAAGAGGACAGAGGAGACGCUUAGGAGGGUUCAAAGAGAGAAAGAGCUUAUCAAGGUAGAGGAGAGAACAGAAAGUGAAGUGGAGAGGACCAAUGAGCAAAAGGCCACAAGGCACCCUGAAGAGAAAACUUUCAGAGCUGCAGAGAGGCCAGAUGUUGACAUCUUCAGUGGGGCAAAGUUCACUGUCCCCAAGCCUGGCACCAAUCUCCACCCCCAAGAGCUGGCUGUGGGGAAACUCGAGGAGUGGGUGGUGGCCGCAAAAUACAACAAAACAAACAACAGCAAAAUACGAGACAGCAAACCCACAGAGCAUUCAGCUUCUUGUUCAAAGCUGGCCCCAAAACAUAGCCUUUCUCUCUCUGCCUUCUCAGACCAAGAUUCUGAUGACCACCCAUCUGCAGAGAUGCUAUACAUGCAGGCUGCCAGUGCUGUGGAGCAGGAGGAGUUUGGACAGUGCAGCUUCUGCAAACGCAAGUUUCUCUGCACAAGGCUUGAGAAACAUAUGAGUGUCUGUGGCAAGAACCAAGACUCCAAGAGGAAAGUGUUUGACUCCAGAAAGGCCAGAGCUAAGGGAACAGAACUGGAACAGUAUCAGCAGUGCACGAGCUCAAGGAGUCCUCAGGUAAUGUGCAGUCCCUUCACCUCCCUGGAUCCACAUCUACUGUUCACAUUCCUUCCACUUCAACAUCUGACUGAGAUGCAAGCACCUUCCCACGUACAUGGGGCUAAGGGAUACAAUACAGCUAUUGCUUCUGAAAGGUUCUUACCAAAUGGAUAAAACAGA